AUGGCUCUGAUGAUGAUGAGGUACAUGCCUCAUGCUCUGAUGAUCCUGGCGCAGGUCUUCUUUACGCUCCUCUACUUCAUCACCGAGGCCGCCUUCAACAGGGGGCUCAACCCCUACGUCUACGUCACCUACCGCUACCUCCUCGCCGCCUGCAUCCUCUGCCCAUUCGCCUACUUCUACGAGAAGACGUUGAGGCCUAAAAUGACACUCAUGUUGUUCCUAGAGAUAUUCGUACUGUCACUUCUGGGGGGGAGCUUAACUCUGAACAUGUACUUCUCAAGCUUGAAGUACACAUCCCCAACUUUUGUCACCUCCAUGAUAAACACAGUGGCUUCAAUCACAUUCGUCAUCGCCAUCGUCCUCAGGAUGGAGAUCGUAGACGUCAAGACCCUGCGAGGGCUCGCGAAGAUCGCAGGGACCAUGGUGUCGUUGGCCGGGGCGACCACCAUGAGCCUUUACAGAGGAGCGGCGGUGAAGAGGCUGUGGAGGGCGCCCAUUCACAUACAUGGCACCGGCGGCGGCGUUGAUCAUGUGGUGGCACAUGAGAGCUGGGUGAAAGGAUCGCUCCUCGCGCUGGCAAGCUGCAUCUGCUGGUCAAUCUGGAUCAUCUUGCAGGCGUCGUCUAUAAAGAGGUACCCAGCCAAGCUGUCGCUGACGGCAUGGAUGUCCAUGGUUGGAGGCCUGCAAUCGGCGGUUUUCGCGGCGUUCGUGCAGCGCAACGUGGAAGAUUGGCUCGUUGGCUUCGGCCUCAACUUCUGGUGCAUCGUGUACACGACUUGUUUUAAUUUAGGCAAUCGCCUGCAAUGGCUUGACUGUGAUCAUUCAGCUGUGGUGCAACAAGAAGAAAGGCCCCGUGUUUGUGACCAUGUUCAACCCCUCCUCACCGUCAUGGUGGCCAUCCUCGCCUAUGUCGUCUUCGGUGAAAAUCUAUACGCUGGAAGCGUGAUUGGAGGCGUGCUUGUGAUUCUGGGGCUUUACUUGUUGCGGUGGGGCAAGGACAAAGACCAAGAACAACAACACAUAUCGGAGGGCAAAGACCAGCACGGGUCUGAUGAGAUGGACUACUGCGAGAAGCAGUCGACAGCAGUAAGCGACCCUUUUGCAGCACGGGACGACAACAAGGCACCAGAAACGGCAACCAUAAAACCGAAUUAA